GAUUACGCCGUAACUAUCCGGCACUCUUGCGACACACGUAAAAAGGGCAACAGAAGGAAACUUUAUCUUUGAUUUUGAGUGUGAAAUACAGAGUCAGAAUACCAGAAAUCAGAAUUUCGGUCAGAUCAUUCAAGUAGUGGAUUAUUCAUCUUCACUAUCAAGAUGCCGAAAAGAGGUGGAGGUGGCGGAGGAAGGUCAAAACCCCAGCACAAAGGUCGUGCCCGUAAAUUUACAUCACCGGAAGAAGUAGAUGCGCAGAUGAAGGCAGAAGGAACCAGAGCAAAGUCAAAGGGAGAUGAAGAUGACGACAGUUUUUCCAAUCCGCAAGCUCGAGCAGGAGAGAUGCCCCCCUCUGACUCAGAAGAUGAGAGCAGUGAGGAGGAAGAGACGAAAGCAAAAGGAGUGGAGGGCCUCAUAGAAAUAGAGAAUCCUAACAGGAGAGUACAGAAGAUGCAGAAAGCCUCUAACGUAGAUGUUGACAAGGGACCAACUCAACUUUCAAGAAGAGAAAGGGAAGAGAUAGAGAAACAACAAGCAAAGGAGCGUUACAUGAAAGCUCAUCUUGCGGGUAAGACAGAUGAAGCCAGAGCAGACUUAGCCAGGUUAGCCAUCGUCAGGAAGCAGAGAGAAGAAGCACAAAGGAGAAAAGAGUUAGAAGCAAAAGCAAAAGAAGCAAAAGCUAAAGGUAAGAAAUGACGACUGCCCUCUGUGUUCAAACUAUCAGUCACAUAUCUGCGAUGCUACUCACUGGCAUUAUGAAAGCUGGGCUUAGAUGAAAGCAAGAUGGCUAACACACACACACCAAUCACAAGGGAUAACGGCUUUACCAGUCAUCAACUUUUAUCCCUCUCAUUGACGACUGUUGAAAGGAGUUUCCUUCCAAGGAUCACCACUACACUGCAAUCAGUGGAAUGUUUCAUGCUGUUUCUUUUCAUUGAUUUUCAUUUACAAAGUGUUAUAAGCUACUGAAAUCAUUGUUUAUGAUUGGCUGAGAGUAGGUGUAUCAUUGAAAAUCACUUGCAGGGUGUUUUGUGAAAUGCAUCCAUCCCAUUUUCAUUGAAGAAUCUUGUAAGGAACAUCCUUUAGCUGUGAUAAUUUUCCAACUUCUUUACUCAUCCAACAUCAUUCUUUUUUCUCUUUACAAUAUUUUAUAAUUGUAAUCAUUAAGAUCUGAUGAAUGACAAUUGUACAAUGAACCUGGGAUAAAGGAGUGCGAAUGAAAGACUGAAGUAUAACAUUUGAUCACACUCCUGCUUCCACAUUCUGACUUGAAGAGCGUUACAUCUAGUGUCGUGAGUCCCCAAAAUUAUUCGUAUGGUGGGAUUUCAAUGCCUCAAUGCUCCAAUUGUCAACCACUUUUUGUCUAUGAAUUCAUAAAUAUCUCAAUCACAUCAUUCACUUCACCAAAUCACCCCCCUCAAAAAAAAAAAAACACAAACAAAAACAGUGUGUGUAUUCUACAGCAUUAUAUGCAAGAUAAUGGCAUACUUCCAAAAUAGAAUACAUACAUUUAACAACAAAAUUAUUCACACCCCUAUAAAAAUUAUAUAGUAUUUUUCUCACGAAUGAAUGGUGGUGUUGUGAAACUUGGUCCUUGUGAUUGUAACACUAGAAACACUCCCUUGGCAGCAUAGGAUAGAUAUUUAGCAGAUAGUGACAAUUUAAAAUAUGGUUUUCUAACAUAAAAUUCAAAUGAAUAAGUUUUUCAUUAUACAUGUAUAGGGAUAUUAAUAAUUUUAGAACUGGUCCUAAAACGAUUAUUGCUACAAUUCUAUUGGAAUGAAAAUUGGAUAAUUCUUUCGCCGUCAUAAAGUUACAGAGGAGUACUGGUGUUAACAUCAUAGGGUCCAAGUUUCACAAAACUCAUUCAUGAGUGUGAAAAAUACAAAAUACAACAAUCUGUUGUUAGAGGUAUAUGCCAGCAACUUCAUCUAGAGAUGGGCGAAGUCUGCGAGUUUAGUACAGCAGUUGCCAUUACAGUAACUUUGCCAUCGAUUGUAAUUACCAUAGUAACGGGGCUCAGCAGCCAUUCAAAACCAUGGAUUCCAUGGAAAUUACCGAUGGAAUGCGGAGUUAACACAAUAACUUUAUGCAACAGCAACCUGAUAUUGGUUGUAAAGUCUGAUGUGAGUAUGCAAAGUAGUUGCUUAUUCAAGACUGAAAAUGUGAUUAAGUGGAUGAACUUUUUCAUUGUAUAUUAUAGUAGAAGUAUAUGUAGUUUAGAUAUUGAUAAGUAAUGAACACACAAGAUUUAUAGUAAUAUUACUAUCUAUUUCCAUUUUUUUCAAUGUCAUUUGAAUCAAAUCAUGUUGGUUCUUGUUUUCUUUUUGCAAUGAUGAUCCUGAUAUAUUUCGCUUUACAUCAUACAAUGUUUUAUAAUUAUUAUGGUGACUUUGGUUUGUGCAAUGAGCACUGUUCAUGUAAAUUCUGAAGCUAUCCCUUUAGUUCACUGCAAUCUGUGAUUUUCUUCCUUUUAUCUUAUGUUCAUUUAUUUCAUUUAAAUCCAUUUUUUGCAAUAUUUUUGGCUAUGUGUUCACCCUCCUGUAUGUUCAUUAUAGUUGUUUCACAUUCACAUGAAUGUGUAGUCUUCUUUUCAGGCAGAAGUCCAGGUAAAGCAUAUGCCGAAACGUAUACACACUGAUGCUUUUGAAUAGUCUGAUAUCAAUUUCCUAUGGAGUUCUUGAAAUCAAGAAUCGAUGCAUGACAUUAAUAUAUGAACUUGGUUAAUAUUCUGCAAAGUUCAUACUUGAGAUUUGUAAAAUGUAUCACAUUUUAAAAAGAAGUAUUUUAAGGUUAUUGAAAAAAAAAGUAUUUUAGGGUGAUGAUUUUGGUUUCAUUAUGUUUGGUAACUCGAAACAAAACAAAGAAACUUAUCAAUAAAAAACAUUUUAAUAGGAAGAAGUGUCUAUUAUUUUUUAUUAAAUUCAUUUAAACCAACAUUCACUGAAAAUAAAACCUACAUACUUGGGCUCGAUUGAGGGAAGUAUAGCAUGUCAAAACAAAUUUUUGUCUGGGUUUUAUGUGCCUUAGGCUUAGUCCAGAAGAAAGUACAAUCAUGAAUAUGUAUGAAGAUCAAUUUUAUGAUUCAUAUAUAUAUAUAUAUAUAUAUAUAUAUAUAUAUAGCCUCACCUGGGUCGAGAGCAGGACAAUGUUGAUGAAUAUCUUGCUGGGAGUUGAACCCAUGAUCCUCUGUUUGAAAGGCAUAUAAAGACAUACUUCCUUUCUUGGAAACGUGGUUCUUCUGUAUGCUGCUAUAUUCAGAAAAGGCACAGUAAUUGCACAAUCUGCCAUCACCUUUAUAGCAAAGCAGUAAAAAGCUCAAACUGAAUGAAAAUGACCAUUGCUUUGAAUUAUGACAGAAACAUCUAGACAAUUGAAUUUUAUAUGUACUCUUAUACCACACCUUAGUAAAAUUGCCACUUUGGUUAUCAGGCUUUGAUCUUCCAAUUUGGUAAUUAGUGUAAAGUUAUAUAAUUCUGGCUGAAUGAUGUAAUUCUUGAAUUAUGUCGAAUAAUGAUUGUCACAGAACUCCUUAAGCAAUUGGUGUACAUGUAUAUUGACGUCUCCCUGCCAUGCAUUUUAUUUUUCAUUCUAAAUUAUUGAUAACUUUGGAAUUACAGGAAUAGAAAAUACGUUUGAAUGUAUGAAAGUUAAUCCCCUUAUGGGAGGAAAUACAUGGAUGUAUCAAGCCAAGUCACAUGUAGAUGUAUGUUCCUUUAUCAUGUUCAGUUUACUUUUCUUGAACUGAGUUUCAAGUAUCAUACAUGGUUAAAUGAGAUUAUUUCACUGUCUAUCCCUUCACAUCAGAUCAUACUCAUGAAUGUGGAUAGUUAAUGUCAUAGCAGAAAUAAAAUGUUCAUGUACUUUUUAAAAACAA